GGGAGGGUACAGGGAUCAGUAGGCACGUGGGCGGGUCCCAGUCGACUCGUAUCCUGCAGCAGUAUAUGGUAUGUAAUUAACAAAUAAUUAAGUAUAUAAAUUAAAUUAAUAUAUUGACUAAUAUAACUUAUUUAUCUUAUAUAAAUGCAUCUACAGAGCUUGGAUCCUGGUACUCCCCAGGAUGCACCAAACUAUGCCACCUUCCUCCGCCUCCACACGUACGCCGACGGAAGUUAUACGUCGGAGAGAGAUGCUAGAAUUGACGCCGAGGUUCAUCGACUGGCCGCUGCCACAGGACGACAGGAGCGGCUAGACGAGGUGUAUUUGGAGGUGGUGCAAAUUGAUAGGUCACGGAUCUACGGCGUCGGGAGUGCCGGGCAGAGUCAGGCUAGUAGGGGGUCUAUCCGCAGCACGGGCAGUUCUGCGGUGUCUCAGCAGCUUUAUGAGACACGGAUCUCCACGCUGGAGGAGCAAUUGGCGGCAGAGCAAGCACAACGCCAACAGAUGGAGGACCGCAUGAUAUAG